UCAUCUGCCAGCACUAGUGACAGUGUAUAUUCAUAAAUAAAUGGUUGAUGUUGGAUUCUUGUACAAAAAAUGGUGAUAUAAGCAAAGCAAAAUAUUGCUGUUCUGUGUGUAUAAUCCACAUCAAUAUAAAAUAUAUAAAUGGUUGAUGUUGGUUUCUUAUUUUGUUGAAGAGCUGGUUUCAUGUACAUGGGAGAUACAGAGAGUUGUUGUAAUAGCAAAGUAGUUUUGGGUUCUGAAUGGUAUCAAAAUGGAAAGGAGAGACAGAAGAUUGAAGUUUACAUCAAAGUUCUUAAUCGGCUUAGGGAAUUGAAUGUCCAUGAGGCUAUGGUUUCUGGUUUUGACGACGAACUUUGGGCGCACUUCCAUCGCCUUCCCACUAGGUAUGCUUUAGAUAUGAAUGUGGAGAGGGCCCAAUAUGUUCUCAUGCAUAAAAGGUUACUGCAUAUCGCACGAACCUCAGCUACAGCAACUGGACCUGCACUUGAAGUCCGUCUUGUACCGGUGGUACCGGUUUAUGUAUUAGCUAAUCACAAUAAGAUUAUAAGUGUUCGUUCUGCUUCUGGAGUGAGUGCUUGUAGUAAUUCCCUUCAUUCAAACUCACAAAGUGAAGUUACUCCUCAAGAUUCUGAAAUUCAGGGCAAAAUGAUGAGGCAUAUGCAUGAAAUUACAAUUUCAACAAAUGACAAGCCAAAACUUCUUAGUCAGCUGACUUCUUUACUGUCUGAGACUGGCCUGGACAUUCAAGAAGCACAUGCUUUUUCGACUUUGGAUGGCUAUUCGUUAGAUGUUUUCGUUGUUGGUGGUUGGGCAGUUGAGGAGACAGAAAAGUUAAAGCAUGUACUAGCUAACAAAAUUCAGAAACUUGAGGAGCGGUCUCAGUUGAAAGAAAAUGGCAGUCUUCCUCUCGCAGAGCAGGAGAAAAUUAGGAUGAACAUUAUAUCUAGACAUGUAAUUAUUCCCACUCCUGAAAAUGGUGUCUCGACAUGUGAAGCAAGUUGGUUUAGAUUUGAAAAGAAAAUUGCAUCUGGAUCCUUCAGUGAUUUGUAUAAAGGUACAUUAUGUAAUCAAGAUGUAGCUAUCAAAGUCCUUAAGCAAGAAAGUCUGAAUGAAAAUAUACAAAGGGAGUUUUCUCAGGAAGUCUAUAUCCUAAGUAAAAUUCAUCACCGAAAUGUUGUCAAAUUUAUUGGUGCUUGUACAAAAACCCCAUACCUUUACCUUGUCACAGAAUAUUUGUCUGGUGGAAGUAUUUACGACCUGUUACAUAAACGGAACACCGUCCUUACUCUUCCGUCUUUGCUCAAAAUAGCCAUCGAUGUUUCUGAAGGAAUGAAAUAUUUACAUCAGAAUGAUAUCAUACAUCGGGACCUCAAGUCAGCUAAUCUUUUGAUAGAUAGGACCGGGGUUGUUAAGGUUGCUGAUUUUGGUGUAGCCAGAGUGCGUAAUCAAUCUGGUAUAAUGACUGCAGAGACUGGAACUUAUCGGUGGAUGGCUCCGGAGGUUAUUGAGCAUAAACCAUACGAUCACAAAGUCGAUGUCUUUAGCUUUGCAAUUGUUCUUUGGGAGCUGCUUACAGGAAAGCUUCCUUAUGAGCAUUUGUCCCCAUUGCAAGCAGCAGUUGGAGUGGUUCACAAGGGUUUGAGGCCUAAAAUUCCAAGGCAUACUCAUCCAAAGUUGGUGGAAUUGCUUCAGUGGUGUUGGCACCAAGAUCCAUCUUUGAGACCUAAUUUUUCAGAAAUUCUAGAAUUUCUGCUUCACAUUUCUAAGAUGGCAUGUGAUUGAGAAUCUUGACUAAUUUUGCAUCAUUGUUUUUUAAAAUUAUUGAAGUUUCUGCAUUGUUGUGCUUUUCUCUGUCACUAUGUACUUAAAAAGAGAACUACACAUAUCAAUGGGGGAUGUGGUAGUAAAGGGAAUGCCAAGAAAUGGUUAGUCAAAGGUGAACUAUCUGAUAUGUUGGAGUUUGGUGGAGUAUGUACUUAUCAGCUAAUUUUUCAAUGUCAUAUAAUUAUUGUUUUUCUAA